GACCUGCAGGUUAUAUAGUCGUAGAUAUAUCAACUACUGAAGUACACGUUUAAGUACUGAUCUUUAGAAUGGGGGGACUGACUCUGACCCUGCUGCUGCUGUGUCUGUCUGGGACUCUCAGUGAAGAUGCUGGAGAAGACAACCUGAAUGACAUCAUGGUACAGAUUCAGCCUGAACAGGGACAGGACAUAGAGAAUGAAUACAAGGCUCACAACCAACAGGUAGAGACUGCAGCCACUACAACAACCCAAUCAGGAUGUGAGCCUACCAUCCACACUGUGAUGAGAGAACUGGGGGCAAUGGAGGAGAGACUGGGAGCAACCGUUAGGUCAUUGGAAGGCAUGAGAAACAGGCUGGAAGCCAGUGAGAGCCAAGUUAGGUCGUUAAACUCCACAGUGAAUGAACUGAAGAGAUUCAAUGAAGACAGGCCCCAGGUGGCAUUUUCAGCUACUUUAGGAAUUUCUGGAACCAUUGGACCUGUCAGCAAUGAAAUCACUCUGGUCUUCCAGCGUGUUCUAUCAAACGUUGGAAAUGCCUACAAUCCAACCACAGGCAUCUUUACAGCACCAGUAAGAGGACUCUACCAUUUCACCUUCACAGCUUUCGACUGGGGAGGGAGUACAAUGACAGGGGCAAGCUUACGUCGUAAUGGACAGGUAAUGGUCUCUGUGUAUGAUGAGAAAGAAGGGGGUUCCUCUGAGUCGUCAUCCAAUAGCGCAACCUUCCUGCUACAAGUGGGAGAGCAGGUGUAUGUUGCUCUCUGGAGAGAUGGACGUCGGAUAUCUGACAAUGGAAAUCACUACUCCUCAUUUAACGGUUUCCUGCUCUUUCCCAUAUGAGGAAAAGAUUAUGAAAUAUGCUAGAAAUGUUCAAUAUGUUUUUCUGGUCAAUCACAUAUAUCUUACAGUUUUGACAUAGCAUAUAGUAAGUGUGUGCUUGUAGAAACGCAAGAGGGACAUCCUGUAUUUGUUGUCAUUAGAUAUAAUAAUUGAGAUUUUUUAUAAAAAAGAAUACAUUUAAUUUUAUUGAAACAAAUAGUCAGGAUUUCUGUACAUGUAACUGCGUGCAGGUUGCCUUUUAUUGAGAUGACUCAUGUACUGAAAGCAGCUCUGCAGAGUGGUCACUAGCUAGCUCAGCCAAAAAGUAAUAAAAUCACAUUUAAACCUUAUCCUAACCUAACCACACUGCUAAACCUAAUGCUUAACCCUAACCUUCAAAUUAUGACUUUGCAGCUGAACCAUCUAGCGAAACCGCUCACUGUCGCCCAGUUCUGCCUCCAGGGAAAGACUCAUGACAAUAAACGUCAAUGUGCUAACUCCACAAAAACACAAUCAUAUAUUCUCAUUCACAGUACAGCUAUCUGACAUAUAGUAUAGUACCAAAUCAAAAAGACACAAAUAAAUCUCACUUAAAUCUCUUAAUAAUUUUUUUUUUUUUACCACUUUAGUGAUUAACCUCUGCAGAUUAUGUACUGCUUUAGGUCCUGCAGCAGAACACAUGCAAUGUGACAAUCAUUAUGAUACAUAGAUAUAGUGAUGAGAAUGAUUAUGACAGCUGAUUAUAAUGAUAGAAGUGAGAAUCAUACUCAAAAACAUUUAAAUGCCUUC